CCCAUGUCUUCCUCUCUUUCCUCAUCUUGUAAAUUACGGAGACGGUUUCAUCUCAAUGGGUUACAUAAGGCUGGGGAUGUGAUUCUCGGUGGGCUGUUUGAGGUCCACUACACCUCAGUCUUCCCUGAGUGGACCUUCACUUCAGAGCCAAAUCAGCCCACCUGCAAAGGCUUUGACACUCAAGGGUUCAGGCAUGCCAUGACAAUGGUCUUUGCUGUUGAUGAGAUCAACAAGAACCCCAACUUGCUACCUAAUGUGACUCUGGGAUACAGUCUCUAUGAUAACUGCGGUGCACUUGUUAUUGGAUUCCGUGCUGCUUUGGUGUUGUCCAGUGGUCAGGAUGAGCAGUUUCUGCUGCAGGAGAACUGUAUGGGGACCCCUCCAGUUAUGGGGAUUGUGGGUGAUUCCUACUCAACAUUUUCUAUUGCCACCUCCAAUGUGCUAGGUUUGUUCAGACUGCCCAUGGUGAGUCAUUUUGCCACAUGUUCCUGCCUGAGUGAUCGGAAACGGUUUCCAUCCUUCUUUAGAACAAUCCCAAGUGAUGCUUUCCAGGUGCGUGCUAUGAUUCAGAUUCUAAAACGCUUUGGCUGGACUUGGGUAGGCCUUCUGGUUAGUGAUGAUGACUAUGGGUUACAUGUUGCCCGAUCCUUCCAAUCUGACCUGUUUCGUUCUGGUGGAGGUUGUCUGGCCUACUCAGAGGUUUUGCCCUGGGGCAGUGACACAGCUGAACUGAGGAGGAUUGUGGAUGUGAUGAAGAAAUCAACAGCUCGCGUGGUCAUGGUCUUUGCACAUGAAAUACACCUUUAUCGACUAAUGGAGGAGGUGGUGAGGCAAAAUGUGACAGGUCUUCAGUGGAUGGCCAGUGAAGCUUGGGCAUCAGUUGAUGUCCUCCAGACGCCCAGCUUCAUGCCAUACCUGGGUGGCACGCUGGGCAUUGCCAUCCGCCGAGGAGAAAUAGCGGGGUUUAAGGACUUCCUGUUAGGAAUACACCCUAACCAACACCAUAUCAUCUAUGGAAAUAGUAUAGUAAAACAGUUUUGGGAAGACAUAUUUGAGUGUAAAUUUCCACCACCUCCAGCAGGUUGGGUGGAGGCUGGGGGGGCACUAUGUACUGGACAGGAGGAUCUGCAUGAUGUGGAGAGUGAGUUGUUUGAUGUUUCAAACCUAAGGCCAGAGUACAAUGUGUACAAGGCUGUGUAUGCUCUGGCGUAUGCCCUUGAUGACAUGCUGCGCUGUGUGCCAGGGAGAGGGCCUUUCAGCGGGCACAGCUGUGCCAGUUUGGAGCCAUGGCAGCUGGUGUAUUAUUUGGAUGCAGUCAAUUUCACCACAACAUUUGGGGAUGAGGUAUCAUUUGAUAUGAAUGGUGAUGCCUUACCAAUCUAUGACAUCAUGAACUGGCUGUGGCUGCCUGAUGGAAGAACAAAGAUUCAGAAUGUAGGCGAUGUUAAAGAGUCAGCCAAAGGUGAAGAACUCAAACUUGAGGAGGAUAAAAUUUUUUGGAACUUUGAAUCCAAACAGCCACCACAGUCAGUGUGCAGUGAGAGCUGCCCACCAGGUACUCGCAUGGCCAGAAAGAAGGGGCAACCUGUUUGCUGUUUUGACUGCAUCUCUUGUUCUGAGGGAAAGAUCAGCAAUGAAACAGACUCCAUGGAGUGCACUACUUGUCCAGAGGACUUUUGGUCAAAUGUCCAGCGCGACCACUGUGUUCCGAAGAAAACAGAGUUCCUCUCCUACCAAGAGCCUCUAGGCAUCUGCUUGACAGCCACCUCAUUGCUGGGCACAUUUAUCUGUGCUGUUGUCCUGGUCAUCUUCACCUAUUAUCGCAGCACACCCAUGGUGAGUUAUUUUGCAACCUGUUCCUGCCUGACUGAUCGCCAGAGGUUUCCAUCCUUCUUUAGAACAAUACCAAGUGAUGCUUUCCAGGUGGUGAGUCAGAAUGUGACAGGACUGCAGUGGAUGGCCAGUGAAGCCUGGACAGCCGCUGCUGUGCUCCAGACACCUCACCUCAUGCCGUACCUGGGUGGCACACUGGGUAUUGCCAUCCGCCGAGGAGAAAUACCAGGGCUUAGGGACUUUCUGUUAAGAAUACAUCUUCACCUAUAUGACAGCUAUAGUGACAAUAGCAUGGUUAGGCAGUUUUGGGAAUUCACAUUUCAGUGUAGAUUUCACCCGCCUCCAGCAGGCUGGAUGGAAGCUGGAGGAGCAUUAUGCACUGGAAAUGAAGACCUAGAGAAUGUGGAGUCUGAGUUUCUGGAUGUUUCUAACCUCAGGCCAGAGUACAAUAUUUACAAGGCUGUGUACGCUCUGGCGUAUGCUCUCGAUGACAUGCUGUGCUGUGUGCCAGGGAGAGGGCCUUUCAGCGGGCACAGCUGUGCCACUUUGCAAACACUGGAGCCAUGGCAGCUUAUGCAUUACUUGGAAAAGGUAAACUUCACUACACCAUUUGGCGAUCAAGUGUCAUUUGAUGAGAAUGGUGAUGCCUUACCAAUAUAUGAUAUCAUGAACUGGCAGUGGCUCCCUGAUGGAAGAAUUAAGGUUCAGAGUGUGGGGGUUGUUAAGAAGUCGACCUCGAAAGGUGAAGAACUCACACUUGAUGAAGACAAAAUCUUCUGGAACUUUGACUCAAAACAGCCACCCCAGUCAGUGUGCAGUGAGAGCUGUCUUCCAGGUACCCGCUUGGUAGGCAAAAAGGGGAAGCCUGUGUGUUGUUUUGACUGUGUCCCUUGUUCUGAGGGAAAGAUCAGCAAUGAAACAGACUCCAUGGAGUGCAUCAGUUGUCCAGAGAACUUCUGGUCCAGCCCCCAGCGUGACCAUUGUGUUCCUAAGAAAACAGAGUUCCUCUCCUACCAUGAGCCUCUGGGUAUCUGCUUGACAACUGCCUCAUUGCUGGGCACAUUUAUCUGUGCUGCUGUCCUGUGCAUCUUUACCUAUUAUCGUAACACACCCAUGGUACGCGCCAACAAUUCAGAACUGAGUUUCCUGCUCUUGGUGUCACUUAAACUAUGUUUCCUUUGCUCACUGCUGUUUAUUGGACGUCCCAGGCUGUGGACAUGCCAGCUGAGACAUGCAGCAUUUGGGAUCAGCUUUGUGCUUUGUGUCUCAUGUAUUCUUGUGAAAACCAUGGUGGUUCUGGCUGUGUUCAAGGCAUCCAAGCCAGGCGGUGGAGCCAUUCUGAAGUGGUUUGGUGCUGUGCAGCAGAGAGGGACUGUGCUAGGUCUUACAUCAGUUCAAGCAGCAAUCUGCACUGCCUGGAUUGUCUCUUCCUCACCAGCUCCUCAUAAAAACACUCAAUACCACAAUGACAAGAUAGUUUAUGAGUGUGCUGUAGGGUCCACAAUUGGUUUUGCAGUGUUACUGGGUUACAUUGGCUUCCUGGCUAUCCUUAGCUUCUUGUUGGCAUUUCUGGCAAGGAAUCUUCCAGAUAACUUCAAUGAGGCCAAACUCAUCACUUUCAGCAUGCUGAUCUUCUGUGCUGUGUGGGUGGCCUUUGUCCCUGCUUAUGUAAACUCUCCAGGCAAAUAUGCAGACGCAGUGGAGGUAUUUGCCAUCUUGGCCUCCAGUUUUGGCCUCUUGGUAGCCUUGUUUGGACCGAAAUGUUACAUAAUCCUGCUGAGACCAGAGAGGAACACAAAGAAAGCUAUCAUGGGUAGGGGAACCACCAAGACAUAA